GGGAAGAGGGAGGCCUGCUUCAGUGUCCAAAGCUGUUGACCAGAAGGAAAAACAAGCGAGCUAGAAAAUCGUACCGCACGUCGAGAAAUCGUUCAUCAAGGCAUGGCUGAGGGUGGCUUCUACCAGCGGUUUCGCCGGUCGGUCACCCGUAAAAAAGUUACCGACACAGACUCAAACACGACCACCCUGAAGCGUUGUCUGACGUCUACCGAUCUGGCCCUGAUGGGCAUCGGGGGCAUGUUGGGAUCUGGUGUCUACAUCCUGACAGGGGAAGUAGGCGUGUUAGCCGGGCCGGCUGCUACUCUGUCCUUCGCCAUCGCCGGCGUGGUGUCUUUGCUGACAGCUUUGUUGUAUACCGAGUGUGCGACCAGAGUUCCUCGGACGGGAGCGUCGUAUUUGUUCACCUACGUCGGGCUGGGAGAGCUGGCGGCUUUUUUGGUGGGCUGGAAUGUCAUUAUUAUGCGUACCUUCGUUGUUGCCUACGCGGCCCGAGGAUGGAGCGCUUACUUCGACAAUCUUUUGGGCAACCGAAUCCGAAAUUUCACCAUUGAGCAACUCAUGCACGGGGAGAAGUGGGAAUCGGCGGUGUUGGUCGACUAUCCAGACCUCAUCGGUGGGGCUGUCACCUUGCUGGGAACGAUACCCAUUGCCGUGGGCACCGACUUGUCGUCGAAGACCAACGGUUUCUUCGUGGUCGUCAACGUGGUGACUGUCGCCAUGGUGUUCGUGGUCUCCAUGGUCCACGCCGAGUUCUCCUAUCUGACCGUGCACGGUUUCUUCCCCAAGGGCUUCGGCGGUGUGGUGGCCGGCGCGGCAGUCUGCCUGGGGUCCGGCUACGGUGGCUUCGAAUCCAUCCUUUUCAGUGCAGAGGAGGCUAAGAAUCCCAGCCGGGGUCUCCCAAUCGGUAUCAUCUCCGCCUACGUCGUCUCCAUCAUCAACUACCUCGCCGGCGUGGUAGCCAUUAGCGUCCUGACCGAUUAUCACGACAUCAAUCCCCUGUCCCCUUUCGUCACGGCCUUUGACAACAUCGGUUUGUACUGGAUGGGGUAUGUGGUAGGCUUGGGAGGGCUGUGCAGCAUGACAGGUGGAGUCCUGAACACCAUAUUCUGUCUCUCGCGGAACAUCUUCGCCAUGGCGAGGGACGGUCUCCUGCCUGCGCUCUUGGGACGGACCAACGAGGUCACCCAGACGCCCAUCAUUGCUACCGUCUUUGGCGGGGUCCUCUCCAUUCUUAUCAGCGUCUUCGUCGACUUCCUGUAUAUUAUCGAGUUCAUAUCCUUGGCAGCGCUAGCCGAUUACAUCAUUGUCGCUGUGGCCGUCAUAAGCCUCCGUUACCAGCCUUCGCCAAUGCGAAGCCAGUACACACCGCUUGUCGGCGCAGACGCAAACGAGAGCCACGCCGGAGAGGAAUUGACGGACAUGGUAUCAAUGCCCAGAAACAACGAUCAAGACCAACAAGAUCCGGAAAACUACCCAUCAACAUCAGACACACACUCAGACAAAGCACCCAUGCUGUCCACUGAUCCCCCCGGUCGGGGCAGUUCUGCAAAGUUUUUCUCGGCGCCAAGGCAGUGGAUCAGCGAAAACCCAACCACGUCGGUCCUUACGUCCAUUGCCGUGCACCUGGCUUUCGAGGCUAUCACCGUCUCGCUGGUAACCUACCAGAUGGACGAUCUGUUGAGAUUAGAUACCUUCACGGUGGCCGCGGUGGCGUUCUGCGGUGUGGUCACGAUCUUUUCCUGCUUCCCCCUGUUAGUGCUGCCCAAGUAUGGCGAAGGAAUCCCUUUCAAGGUACCCUUGAUGCCCUACCUACCGUUGGUGAGCUUGUUGUGUAACGUCAUACUCGCCGUGCAAAUCCAGUUUAUGGCCUGGGUAGAACUCAUUGUGUGGAUGUUAGCAGGUGUCGUCGUGUACUGCGCGUACGGCAUGGACAACAGCGUGGAAGGAAAACGGAAAUGACGUCAGAUCCGCAUCGAAUAUGUCAACAGUUCCGUAGGUGGUCAAUUGCAGUACUCAGAAGAUGGCGCCUUUCAUGCAACGUCUUUUAUUCUUAAAGCUCUCAAACAUCGACCUGUAAAAUAAUCCACUGCCUUUCAAUUAAGAAAACCGAUAUCAAACUUAUUAAGUGUCACGCAUGUUACUGAAAAGGGUCUUCACAAGGAAAAUGGUUGCACUCAUAUGUAGUGUGUUCUUUAUAUCCCAAAUAACUACUAAGCACAAGUCUUUAUACACAUUGCCUGAAAAACAUGAAAGAGUAAAUAAAAUAGUUUUUAGAAGGCUUUACUUAGGACAAAUCCACGAUGCGUGAUACAUUCAAAAGUACAGGCAUUUAAUUAAACAAAAUGUUUUCUAGGAAAUAUAAACCAAAAAAAGGACACUAACGUACUCAAUGCUGACAAGUGUGUGAUCUUGAACGUCAAAUGACGGUAACAACAAAUUCACAUGUUGGAUUGAGUUUAAACAUAAUUUGUACAUUUUUGUACGGAUAAGGAGUGCUUCAACAAAAAUCAGGCAUGGGGAAAUCAGGUUCCUGGGAGAGGGGGAGAGCUGGUCCGAUUCCCCGGCUUUUUAGGGUUAACAGAGGCCACGUAAUGUGAGUUACCACAAGGCAAUUUAACAGAAUCAAACUAAUCUGUGCUUAUUUUGGAGCGAUGACUAUGGAACUUGGUUACUUUUUGACGUACAACUUAUAAUUCUGUGGCCCCAUGCAUGGACUUGAUAUACCACACAGACAUGAAACUGAGAAAAAUCUAGUUACAAUUUUUGCUCCUUGGAAUUUUUCUGUUUGGUCAGAAUAAUACCUUCCUCUAUAUUUCAAAAAAUGGGCCACCCUGGCUGUUGAGAUUUUUAGCAAAUAAAGGUAUGAUAUUAUUCUAUACAUUCAUGCAUCUAACUAAAAAAGUUUGAAAAUAUGGCAUAUCAGGUUCAUGCAUGGGGUCACAUAGUUAGUGCCUUCAGGGCAUAGUAUAUAGUUGUACCAAGAGCGUAUAGGAUCACAUCAGAGUUACCGGAAUUCACGCCAUGUCUUUUUGUGGUUCUUGAGUUGCAUGUUAUACAGAUCUAUUGUCGGUCAAGCAGACACUUGCAAUGUUGGUUACUAAUUUCAUACUUCAGUUAUUCCAUUUCUUAAGAUAAUUCCUGAAAAGACUACCAUUGUAUGCCAUGAAGGAAUUGAAAUAACUGCAAUAUUUUAAAUCAGACACCGGUAAAACUAACGCGCGGUACUAUUGUUUUAUUUUUUAUUAACUUUUGGAUGGCCCUCUGAAUAAAUAAAUGGUCAUACUUUAACAAUA